AUGGGAAGUGAAUGGCGCCAAUUUGGACAGCCAAGGAAGCGAAGACCGUUGGGAUCUGUUGUUUUGGAUGCUGGUGUUAGUGAAAAAAUAUUAAAUGACUGUAAAGAUUUCAUAAAUAAUCCUUCCUGGUACACCGAAAGGGGAAUUCCUUAUCGAAGAGGUUACCUCUUGCAUGGUCCUCCUGGUUGUGGUAAAUCAAGCUAUAUCAAUGCUUUAGCUGGUGAGCUAGAAUUUGCAAUUUGUGUUUUAAAUUUAUCAGAACGUGGUUUAACGGAUGAUAGGCUAAAUCAUUUAUUAAGUGUUGCACCUGUGCAGUCUAUAAUCCUUUUGGAAGAUAUCGAUGCCGCAUUUUUAUCCAGAGAAGAUACCAUGCAACAAAAAUCAGCCUAUGAAGGUCUAAAUAGAGUUACUUUUAGUGGUUUAUUAAAUUGUUUGGAUGGCGUUGCUUCUACAGAAGCCAGAAUAGUGUUUAUGACUACAAACUAUAUUGAUCGUUUGGAUCCGGCAUUGAUUAGACCAGGAAGAGUAGACAUGAAGGAAUAUGUAGGUUAUUGUUCUCAGAAUCAAUUAGAAAACAUGUUCUUGAGAUUUUACAAAGGCAGCGAUAAAUGUGAACAAAACGCAAAACUAUUUGCCAAUAAUGUUUUAGCAUUAAAUAAACCAGUCAGUCCUGCACAAAUACAAGGUUAUUUUAUGAUGCAAAAAUCCCUUGCUGAGGAACAUGUUGUCCAAAAUGUGAAACAAAUAUGGGAACAAAUGUAA